CAUUAACGUCUAGUUUCCAGAAGCAACGACGACACGUUAAUAUCUUUACUUUUCUCAGCAAACACAACUUGUAUCCUUUUUUUCGAUUUCAUUAUCCAUAUAUUUCCAUAUCAAAGUUUAGAUUAGAACAAUCCAUUUCGGGUGUGCGGAUGUUGCAGCCGGCCCGUAAGGAGAGCGAAUGGCAGCCGGUUAAGCCCCAGACGCUCAUUCAGGGCCUCAAAUGCCCCGUGUGCUGGGACUACUUCGUGAGGCCCCACACUCUGCCGUGUGGACAUACGUUCUGCCUGAGAUGCCUGCAGCAGUUGGCGCGGCUGACGCGGUCCUCGAAAACGCGCAUGCCACUAGACCGACUGCGGAUCCGCUGCCCCUCGUGUCGGAAGAACGCGCUGGCGCGGCCGAUACUGCGGCGGAGGGCGCCGGUUAACUACGCCAUCAAAGAGCUGGUAGAAGAGUGGUUCAACUCCGCCUACUCGUCCGGAAGUGUCGACGUCAUAACUUUACGAUCGGUUAGCACCCAGACAGACACAAACGAACCCGACAGUAGCACCGGAAGUUGGUCAUCUACAACUGAGAGCGGCUCGUUACUGGAUAGUUUCAAUGAGUCUUCCAUAUCCGACACUGAGUUUCGAGAGGUUCUCUUUCAUCGCAUCGACUGCAGAAACACCUUCAAGACGGCGUAUAAAGAACACACCGACAACGACGAACCAGUAGCAACUGAAAACGCUGAGCAUUUAGCAACAGACGACACCCCAGCUACAUCCAGCGAGGAGUCCGAAUCGGAAAAUGAAAUUGGCGCGCUUUUUGGAGACAUUCAAGUUGUCAAUGAUAACGGUCCGGUUCCACGCAUGCGCUUUACAAGGUUUCGCAUUGCCACCCUUACGAGCGUACUUACGAUAUUGUUUGCAGAGAUGCGAUACGUAUUUGAGGCGAUACGAAGUUCUAGAAGUAGAACGAUUUUGACUAUUUUCUGGUUUUUGUACGGUGUUGCCAUUGUUUGUAUUUCACAAGCUUUUUUACCAUGGAUGCUUUUCUACACGAUCAUUUACUUCGUAAUUAUCUACGCCGAGCUUGCACCGCGCAUUGUUUUGCAUUAAAUUUCUGAAAAAAAUA